GCUCCCUGAGUGCCCGGCAGCGGCAUGGCUGCCGCCUUCCCAGGAGUAACUCUAACUCUCGGCUUCCGGUCGUAGCCCGCCAGCGCUCAUUGCUCCUCUGGAAGCUUGGUGGAGCCGGGCAAAGGUGCGGGGUGAAAGGUGAGAGAGAACCGCGAACAUCCGCGCCGGCUCCUGACCGAGAAGAUGGCCGAGGGCGAGCGGCAGCCGCCGCCAGAUUCUUCAGAGGAGACCCCUCCAGCUACCCAGAACUUUAUCAUUCCAAAAAAGGAAAUUCACACAGUUCCAGAUAUGGGCAAAUGGAAGCGCUCUCAGGCAUAUGCUGACUACAUUGGCUUUAUCCUUACCCUCAAUGAAGGAGUGAAAGGGAAGAAGCUGACCUUCGACUACAAAGUCUCUGAGGCCAUUGAGAAGCUGGUGGCUCUUCUUGAUACACUGGAUAGGUGGAUUGAUGAAACUCCACCUGUGGACCAGCCUUCCCGAUUUGGGAACAAGGCCUACAGGACCUGGUAUGCUAAACUUGAUCAGGAAGCAGAAAACUUGGUGGCCACAGUGGUCCCCGCCCACCUGGCAGCUGCUGUGCCUGAAGUGGCAGUUUACCUGAAGGAGGCUGUGGGGAACUCCACACGCAUCGACUAUGGCACAGGGCACGAGGCUGCCUUUGCUGCUUUCCUCUGUUGUCUCUGCAAGAUUGGCGUGCUCCGGGUGGACGACCAGGUGGCUAUUGUCUUCAAGGUGUUUGAUAGGUAUCUUGAGGUUAUGCGGAAGUUGCAGAAGACAUACAGGAUGGAGCCUGCAGGCAGCCAGGGCGUGUGGGGUCUGGAUGACUUCCAGUUCCUGCCCUUCAUUUGGGGCAGCUCGCAGCUCAUAGACCACCCCCACCUGGAGCCGAGACACUUCGUGGAUGAGAAGGCGGUGAGUGAGAACCACAAGGACUACAUGUUCCUGCAGUGCAUCCUGUUCAUCACUGAGAUGAAGACUGGCCCCUUUGCAGAGCACUCCAACCAGCUAUGGAACAUCAGCGCUGUCCCCUCCUGGUCUAAAGUAAACCAGGGCCUCAUCCGCAUGUAUAAAGCAGAGUGCCUGGAGAAGUUCCCUGUGAUCCAGCACUUCAAGUUCGGGAGCCUGCUGCCCAUCCAUCCAGUCACAUCAGGCUAGGAGAGGCUGAGCCACCAGAGCCACCCUGGCCAGGUUCCUGUGCCCUGCCUGACCCGGCGCCCCACCCACCCACCUUCUGUUCUUUCUGUUUGAUGAGAGGCUGUUUACUGAGAUGGGUGCUAAGCAGGGCCUGAGUUUGGGGAAUUGACCAAAGUGUGGCCAGUUUUUGACUGUCCGUCUGGUGGACAGGCAAGAAGAGAGUGACUGGGACCUGUCCCCAGGUCCCUGCCCACCCCUGUCCUCCCUGCUUCCUUUUGCUCCUGCCCAGGCCCA